AUGUCCGAAGAGCUGGCCCAGGGACCCAAGGAGAGCCCGCCGGCGCCGAGGGCAGGCUCCCGCGAGGUGUGGAAGAAGGGCGGCCGCCUGCUGUCGGUGCUGCUGGCCGUGAACGUGCUGCUCCUUGCCUGCACGCUCAUCAGCGGCGGCGCCUUCAACAAGGUAGCGGUGUACGACACGGACGUGUUCGCGCUGCUCACCACCAUGAUGCUGCUCGCCUCCCUCUGGACCCUCUUCUACCUCCUCCGGACCGUGCGCUGUCCCAACGCCGUCCCCUACCGGGACGCGCACGCCGGCCCCAUCUGGCUUCGAGGCGGGCUGGUGCUGUUUGGGAUCUGCACUCUCGUCAUGGAUGUCUUCAAGACUGGCUACUACUCCAGUUUCUUUGAGUGCCAGUCAGCCAUCAAGAUCCUGCACCCUCUCACCCAGGCUGUGUUUGUCAUCGUCCAGACUUACUUUCUCUGGGUCUCCGCUAAGGACUGUAUUCACGUCCACCUGGAUCUGACCCGGUGUGGUCUCAUGUUCACCCUCACCACCAACCUGGCCAUCUGGAUGGCGGCCGUGGUGGACGAGUCCGUGCACCAGACUCACUCCUAUGACAGUUCCCACAGCAACACCAGCCACCACCGCUUCGCUCCUGACCCGGAGCGUGCAGGCAGCUCGGUGGGAGGAGACUGUCCGUGCAACACAGCCAUCUGCCAGAUCUUCCAGCAGGGUUACCUCUACCUGUAUCCCUUUAACAUUGAGUACAGCCUCUUUGCUUCCACCAUGCUGUAUGUCAUGUGGAAGAAUGUGGGCAGGCUGCUGGCCUCCUCCGCCCAUGGCCACGGCCACACCCCGUCCCGGAUCAGCCUCUUCCGGGAGACCUUUUUCGCUGGCCCAAUCCUGGGCCUGAUGCUCUUUGUGGUGGGGCUGGCCGUCUUCAUCAUCUACGAGGUCCAAGUGAGUGGGGAGGGGGGCCGCACCCAGCAGGCCCUGGUCAUCUACUACAGCUUCAACAUCAUCUGUCUGGGCCUCAUGACCUUGGUCAGCCUGAGUGGCUCAGUCAUCUACCGUUUUGAUCGCCGGGCCAUGGAUCACCAUAAGAACCCCACUCGAACCCUGGACGUGGCGCUGUUGAUGGGUGCCGCCCUGGGUCAAUACGCUAUUUCCUACUACUCUAUUGUAGCCGUGGUGGUGGGCGCACCCAGGGACCUACUCGGGGGGCUCAACCUAGCCCAUGCUCUGCUCAUGAUUGCCCAGCACACCUUCCAGAAUGUGUUCAUCAUCGAGAGCCUCCACCGGGGACCACCCGGGGUUGAGCCUCGUGAUACCACCCCCAAGGAGCCCUGCCGUGGCCUGACCUUUGCCAACCUGGAUGCCCUCCACACCUUGCCUGCCUGCCCAUCCACGCCCAGGCUGGUUGGUCCCAGCCCAGAGGGCCCUCAGGAAGCAGUGGCCAUCAUCUUGGCCCCCAGGGGACACUGGAGACGCCGGUGCCUGAAGGACAUUUCUCUGUUUCUCCUGCUUUGCAAUGUCAUCCUGUGGAUCAUGCCUGCCUUCGGAGCCCGUCCUCACUUCAGCAACACUGUGGAAGUGGACUUCUAUGGCUACUCGCUCUGGGCAGCCAUCGUCAACAUCUGCCUGCCUUUCGGCAUCUUCUACCGUAUGCACGCUGUCUCCAGCCUGCUGGAGGUCUACGUGUUGUCUUGA